AUGUCCAAACCAAGAGCCAAUUUUGCUACUAUGUUUGCUGGGCAAAUACAACAGAACCCUGUCGAAAUUACUAUCCAAUUUGAAAAAAUGCCAAGCCAUCACUUUAUGAAUAGCUUGACUGAAUUUUUACCUCAAUUUGGCCUUAUCGUGGAUGGCCCUAUUAUCAAUUACUCGCGAACACCAACUGUUCGUGUAUCUUUCAAGCUGAGAGAUGACGCUUUUCGGUGCAAACGUGCCUUGGAUAAAAUCAGUGAAAUGGUAAUAGAUGACGAGAUGUCUACAAAGUUUUCCAUUUCCAAUGCUCAAAUUCAUGACAUGUCCAUACUGGAAACAAUGUAUAAACUGAGUACCUUCGCUAAUACACAAGAUACUGCAGAAAAAUUCAUGCUGCAAAUAGAAAGAGCUUUCAAUCCAGACCAUACAGGAACGGAUAUGAACUCAGAAAUGACGGAUACUGAUACAGAAAAAAGUAUUUAUUCCGUUGACACUACUUCAAAUCAUGAUUCAGAUAGUUCUACAGCAUUCAAAGAAUACAACUUAUGCAAAGUAACGAUAAGAAUACGCUAUCUUCCUAACGAAAUUACCAAAAAACAAUUCUCUGAUCAAUUGGAAAAAAUAACUACUACAAAGUUUGAUACUAAAUUUGAAUCAGCUAAAUAUCCAUCUUUUGGAAGAAUCGGAUUGAUUACUUUUGAAUCCGAAGAAGAAGCAUUCAAAAUUACUCAAAUAUUAUCCAAUCAUAAAAUUAACGAUAAAACGAUAGAUGUACAAUUUAUUGAUAAAAGGAAAAGAACUUUGUAUCUGAAGAAAGCAUUUGCUGAAUAUCAACUACGAAAUGAAAUAUCGGAAAAAAACAAAAAUGUCUUUCAGGAAUUAUUUACCAUUUUAAAAAAGAAAUCUCAAACGCUAGAUAAAGACCUGAAAGCCUCUACCAAUACCAGAGUAAUCUGCAUUUCAAGAAUACCACGUUCCGUGGAUCAGGAAAGAAUUAAAGAAAUAUUUGAAAAUUUUGGAAAAAUUAAAAUUCUUGGUGGUCGUGAAUACUCUCGAAAGGGCAACUGGCACAUAUUUAUCAAAUUUUCAAGCGAAAUUGAUGGUCUCGCCAGCUAUCAUGCUGCUAAUUUAAUGCCAUCAAACGUUCUAUUUACAAGUUGUUCAUGGUCAACGAGAUCUGAAACAGAAAAAAAUAAACGCUUGGAAAAAUUACAUCGUGUAUUUGAGAAAUUUUUAAGCAGAUUUGCUUCAGAAAUGAGCCUAUCUAACAGUUCUGCAAAAAAUUUUACAAAUAAUGUACAAGUAGAUGAAAUGGAAAGUGACACAAAUACCAGAAACAAUACCUCUUGGCGAUCGUCUGUGUUAAUUAAUGCAUCUAGCAAAUCUAUCGAUGCAAGGCGUGACUUAAAUAAUACUCCUUUAAAUAAGGAUGCAAAGCAAGUUGAUAGUCAAAUUGACGGCAAAUUGACCUCUGAAGAUAUUACUGAUAGUAUAACAAGAAGCUUGCGUUCAUCUAGUAUCAACGAUGGAUAUCCAGAUUCUAGUAGCUACGAAUCUUCAACAUCUGAUGUACGAAAGAUCGAUCACCGUAAAACAUCCAGUAAACACCGAAGUAUGGAAAGAAGCACUGUCGAUGCACACCAAACGUCAGAUACUAACAAUUCGUUGUUUUCGAAUGAUGAAGCGCCUAGUAAUAAAGCAAGGCAUUCUCCCAAAAAGAAAAUUGCCUUAUCCAGAGCUACAACUGGAAAUAACAAUAAAAGUGUUGAUCCUCAUGUUCACGACAAUCUAUCAUAUAACGACUUUAAUUAUCCCACAAUUAAUAGCUCGAAUAAAGAUAGCAUGGUACUUCCACUAGCUGCUACCUGGUGUAAUGACGGAUGUUCCUUUUGGGGAAAAAUUAGUUCUGAGGCUUUCAAGCUGGGUGAUAUUGUCGGUUCUAUAUACCCAUCGAAAUGUUGGGUAAAAAUAAAUAGUAACGAAGUUAAAGUAGGUCGAAUAUAUGGCGUGGUUACAAACAAACUGCAUAGAGUACGUGUGCUAGCGUUGGAUACUGUCACUACUGUAGCUUUCAUAGAUUCUGGUGGUAGUAUCCAGAAUGUAAACCUAAAUUCUCUCUAUAAACUGCCUGAAUAUUUACAUUACACACAAUCUGGUCCUUAUCCAUUUAAGCUUUACGGAACAGAUACAUUAGAUGGUAGUGCAAGAAUCGAAGGCAAAAGACAUCUUGCUGCACUUCUCGAUACAGCCUCGCAUUUAUAUGCCGUUGUUAUUGAUGAAAAAUUUAGCAAUCAAAUUGAAGUUAUUAUCUUUUUACCUGAUAAUUUACAAGAAAGUUUAAAUGAGCAAGUGAGUAGAAGUCGUUAUGCCUUUCUCAACGUUGAAAAUUCGGAAUUUCUUCGCAACAUAUUAAUGGCUAAAGACAAAGUAAAAGAGUUUACAAUGCUACAAUUGGAUAUUACGGAUAAUCAAUUACAAUCUAUUCGCUCAACAAGUGAACAGUUGAGCAAUACCCAGAGCUCACUAUCAGCAGCAUCUGGACACCCUAACUUGAAAGAAACUGUUCCAUCAAUGGACAAAAAUAUUAUAGAAACGGAGGACCAUAAUAUCUCAACUCGAGGUCAAAAUACUGCAUCUACCAAUGUACCUAUAUUAAGUAAUCGUAACAAUAAUCUCGAAGAGGCAAGUACAGAUACCGAUAACGAAUGUAUUGAUUCAUUAAGUUAUGAGGAACUAGUAGUCAGUGCAACAAUAGACAUAGCUAUUACCGAUGUUGUAAACCCAAACUAUUUUCUAGUCAAAUCGUUGGAACCUGAUCGUGAAAUACAACAAUAUAGUGACAUAAGAGAUCUUAUGGACAAAAGAUACAGCAAGAACGUCAGGUCUGUUAAUAUCAAUGAGCUAUCAUGUGGCAAAGCUUAUAGUGCAUUUUUUGCCGAACAUUGGCGUCGCGUAAUAAUUGAUACUAUUGGUAACGAGAAUGCUGAAAUACACUGUGUUGAUGAAGGGAUUGUGCAAACUAUUGAUUUGAACGAAAUUAAACCCUUGUUCAAAUCAGUUGCACAAUCCUAUGCUUCCAUCUAUCCUUGCACGUUAUAUGGAAUUACCAAUCCAGAUAAUUGUGAAAGCUGGGUCCCUGAUAUAGUUGAUUGGUUUAAAGGAUUAGUUUUAAAUGUAAACGUCUUAUUAAAAGCAAAAAUAAUUUUACGAGAUGAAUACAACUAUCAUAUUGAUUUAUUUGUUAAUAAUGAGAAUGGCUUAACUAAUAUUAAUCGAAUAUUAGUUGAGAAAAAUCUGUGUAAGUUAAACUGGGAUUCUCAUAGAUUUCUUUGUAAGAUCCAUAGCUUCCACAGAAUGAUAAAAGAAUCAUUAUUACCUAUAAAUCAAGCUAAUCUACUAUCUUCUGAGAAUCUAAUUAAAGUGGAAGUUACUAAUAUUAUCAAUCCAGGAUUAUUUUGGUUGCAUUGUUGUGAUGAAACUGGACAAAUGAAUAAACAUUAUCUAGAAAACAUGAAGGUGGCUAUGCAAACAGUUGGGCACAAAGGUAUUUCUGUUGGAAAGAUAUACUUUAUUGGCACCCAAAGUAGUGGGUGGUAUCGUGGUCUUAUCAUGAGACUUCUUCCAAAUAAGCAAGCAGCUGUGCUCAAUAUUGACUAUGGUACCACUGAUUGUAUUAGUCUUGCAGAUAUUGGAGCAAAUUAUAAUGAAUCCGAUCCUGUACCUCCGUUAGCCAUGCAAUGUAGCCUUCAUAAAUGUAUAGGAACGCUGCAAGACGGCGAAUGGAAUACGGAAUCAAUCUCCUCCUUUCGGAAUUUAGUUACUUUAGGAAACUUAAAAGCCAGAUUUAUUUCGAUAUCUAACGACGGUUCUCUGAUGCAUAUUGUAAUACAAUCGUUCAUAAUGAUUGUCAAUCUCUUUAUAAUGAUUGUCAAUCUUUUAUAA